AUGUUGACAGGAUACUCUUUCUUCGUCCUUUUCUCCUUCAAUAUAAAAUCCGCAGCAAAACUAUUCAUAUUGCUGUCAGAUUUCAAUAAAUUCGGGAAACCCCCAAAAUUCGACGAACGUAACGAACAACUGAACAGAUUCUCCAGAUACCAUUACAUUUAUAUCAAUCUCGCCAGUUUUGCCUUUCUCUCAGUUACCAACAUUUUUAAAUCGCAUCAAUGCAUUAAGGAAAACCAAGAAUACAAUUUCAAUGAAGUUUGUGGGCUGAUAACAAACGCUUGGUUGCCUUUUGAUAUAGACUAUUUCCCUCUGAAGCAAAUCUAUGCGACUCUGCAAGUGUUUAGUAUCUUUUAUGUGUACGUGACAGCAGGGACGGUCACAUGGUUGGUCGUGGAGGUAGUGGAACACAUUUCAGUAAGAAUUGACCAUAUUAAACAUCUUUUCACUAGCGCACUGAAAGAAAAGGAUCCGGAGGAAAUGAAGAGGAACUUCCGUUUUGCUGUUCAAUAUCACAGUUGGUUCUUGGAAUUGGAAGAUGAGUUAAACAAAUCCUUUUCAAUUCCCAUGUUCUCUAUGAUGCUCCUAGGAGCCCCUAUUCUAGGAUGUGCAGCAUUUGGAUAUAUGGAGGUGACUGGAGCAAACAGUCUGUUGGUAAUUUGCCUGUCAUGGUUCAAUGCGUUAGCCCUGGUUUCCUUCGGAGGACAACGUUUAAUAAAUGAGAAUCUGACUAUUGCAGAAGAGAUUUAUAAUUCCAAAUGGGUUGACGUGGCUCCUAUCUUGGGAAAAGAUAUCAUUAUUAUCUUGACGAGAUGCCAGAAACCUAUGAAACUGCGAGCAGCCGCAUUUGGUGUCAUGAAUCAUGCCAUGAUUGUUUCUGUUUCAAGAGCUGCUUAUUCGUAUUUGAAUAUUCUACGUGCAUCAUCUAAAUAG